GGGAAGGUUGGUCUCCGACAGCCGAUGUGUACUGUGUGCGCCGUGACGCUCCCGCGUGCACUCCAUAGAGUGGGAUUAAACUCUUUUGAAUUGGUGUCUAGCCUCGAUGCCUGGGUUCCAGGCCCUUCUGUCGUGGCUUUCCACACGUCAUCCAGCUGAAGAAGAUCCGUUCAACUGUCUCUUCUCAGGAUUUUACAACUAGACCCUUUUAAAGAUGAAUGAAAAAAGAUUGGAAACUUCACAGCAGCGGAAACUUCCUGAAUGGAUGUCCGUAGAGAAUAAGAGAUGUGCUGUAGAAGAAAGAAAGGCACCUAUUCAGAAGAGUGUUUUUGAAGAUGACCUCCCUUUCUUAGAAUUCACUGGAUCCAUUGUAUACAGUUAUGAACCUAGUGAUUGUUCUUUCCUAUCAGAAGAUAUUAGCAUGAGUUUAUCUGAUGGAGAUGUGGUAGGAUUUGACAUGGAAUGGCCACCAGUAUACAGUAAAGGAAAGCUGAGCAGAGUUGCACUAAUUCAGUUGUGUGUGUCAGAGAGCAAAUGUUACUUGUUUCAUAUUUCCUCUAUGCCAGUUUUUCCUCAGGGUUUAAAAAUGUUGCUUGAAAAUGAAGCAAUUAAAAAGGUAGGUGUUGGAAUUGAAGGAGAUCAGUGGAAACUUCUACAUGAUUUUGACGUCAAAUUGAAGAGUUUUGUGGAACUAACAGAUGUUGCCAAUGAAAAGCUGAAAUGUGCAGAGACCUGGAGCCUCAAUGGUUUGGUUAAACAUCUCUUCGGUAAACAGCUUCUGAAAGACAAGUCUGUCCGCUGUAGCAAGUGGAAUGAUUAUCCACUCACUGAGGAUCAGAAACUGUACGCAGCCACUGAUGCUUAUGCUGGUCUCAUCAUUUAUCAAAAAUUAGAAAUUUUGGAUGAUGAUAUGCAGUUGUUUGCUAUAAAUAAAGAGGAAGAAAUACUACCUAGUGAUGUGCAGAAACAAUUAACUUCAAUCUCUGAGGAGAUGAUGGAUCUGGCUAAACAUCUUCCUGACACUUUCAGAAAACUGGAAAAUCCACAGAGGGUUUCUGUACUAUUGAAGGAUAUUUCAGAAAACAUACAUUCUCUGAGAAAGAUGAUAUUUAGUUCUACCAAGCCCAGCAAUAAUUUUAACUUUUUACAAUUGGAAGAUCCAACUGCUGGUGGAGUACAACAGAAACAAAUUAGAAAAGAUGAAGGUUUUACUAACAUUAAAGAUGAGACAUGGGAUAUAACGCCUGAUAAUUUAAUUACACAUGAUGAAGAAAAUGUGCUUGGAAAUGAAGUAAAACAAGAAGAUGGAUUUGAAGACAGACUAGAAGACAAUAAGCUGAAAGAGAAUACAGAAAGAACUUGUUUGAUGUCAUUAGAUAUUACAGAAUAUGAACUCCAGAUUUUGGAACAGCAGGCUCAGGAAAAAAAUCUUAGUGAUGUUACCUGCAAAUCUCCUGAGCAUUUAUCCCCCAAGGAUAAUGAAGAGGAUGUAUCUUACGUAAUUGAAAGUGAUGAAGAUUUAGAAAUGGAAAUGCUUAAGUCUUUAGAAAACCUAAAUAGUGUCACAGUAGAUCCAAUUCAUUCAAAAUGCAUAGAAAUGGAAGGAAAUCUGGAUGUUUCUUCUAAAGAAGAUGAAGAUGAGGAUGAAGCUAUUGAAGAGGAAGAAGAAUAUGAAGACCAUUCGAUACCAGAACCUAAUGCGAAGCAAGUUAUUUGCCUCAAAACCUACUUUGGCCAUUCCAAUUUUAAGCCGGUUCAGUGGAAAGUGAUUUAUUCUGUAUUGAAGGAAAGAAGAGAUAAUGUUGUUGUCAUGGCAACCGGAUAUGGAAAGAGCUUGUGCUUCCAGUAUCCACCUGUUUAUAUGGGUAGAAUUGGCCUUGUCAUUUCUCCUCUUAUUUCUUUGAUGGAAGACCAAGUGCUCCAUCUUAGAAUGUCCAACAUUUCAGCUUGUUUUCUGGGAUCAGCACAAUCAAAAAAUAUUCUAAAGGAUAUUAAAUCAGGCAAAUACCAGAUUGUAUACUUAACUCCAGAAUUCUGUUUAGGUAACUUUAACCUGCUCCAGGAACUUGAAGCUAAUAUUGGUAUCGCCCUGAUUGCUGUGGAUGAGGCUCACUGUAUUUCUGAGUGGGGACAUGAUUUUAGAAAUUCAUUCAGGGCUUUGGGUUCCCUAAAGGCAGCAUUCCCAUUGGUUCCAAUAGUAGCGCUCACUGCUACUGCAAGUUCUUCAGUCCGGGAAGACAUUGUACGGUGCUUAAACCUGAAGGAUCCUCAGAUUACUUGUACUGGUUUCGAUCGACCAAACUUGUAUUUAGAAGUUGGACGAAAAACAGGAAACAUCCUUCAGAAUCUGAAGCAAUUUCUUGUCCGAAAGACAAGUUCUGCCUGGGAAUUUGAAGGUCCAACCAUCAUUUAUUGUCCUUCCAGAAAAAUGACAGAACGAGUUACAGAUGAACUUAGGAAACUGAAGUUAACCUGUGGAACAUACCACGCAGGCAUGACUAUUAACUCAAGGAAAGCUGUUCAUCAUAGGUUCAUGAGAGAUGAAAUUCAGUGUGUCGUAGCUACCAUAGCUUUUGGAAUGGGCAUUAAUAAAGCAGACAUUCGCAAAGUCAUUCAUUAUGGUGCUCCUAAGGAAAUGGAAUCAUAUUACCAGGAAAUUGGUAGAGCUGGCCGCGAUGGACUUCAAAGUUCUUGUCACGUACUCUGGGCUCCAGCAGACAUUAACUUAAAUAGGUAUCGUCUUAGUGAGAUACAGAAUGAAAAAUUUCGAUUAUACAAAUUAAAGAUGUUGGCAAAGAUGGAAAAAUAUCUUCAUUCCAGCAGUUGUAGGCGACGAAUCAUCUUAUCUCAUUUUGAAGACAAACAACUACGAAAGGCCUCCUCGGGUAUUAUGGGAACUGAAAAAUGCUGUGAUAAUUGCAAAUCCAGAUUGGAUCAUUGCUAUUCCAUUGCUGACUCAGAUGAUGCAUCAUCACAGGACUUUGGUCCACAAGCAUUCCAGCUAUUAUCAGCUGUGAAUAUCUUAGGAGGAAUGUUUGGAAUUGCAGUUCCAAUUUUAUUUCUCCGAGGUUCUAAUUCUCAGCGUCUUCCGGAUAAAUAUCGCAGUCACAGUUUCUUUGGCACUGGCAAGGAUCAAACAGAGAGUUGGUGGAAGGCUUUGUUCCAUCACCUCCUAACUGAGGGAUUCUUGGUAGAACAUUCUGGGGGUAGCAAAUUUGCAAAGAUUUGCACUCUCACAAACAAGGGUAGAAGUUGGCUUCAUAAAGCCAAUACAGAAUCUCCUCAGAGACUUAUUCUUCAAGCUAAUGAAGAAUUGUGUCCAAGACAAUUUCUUCUAUCAAGAUCUAAAACUGUGUCUUUGGGCACUGAACAGCAUUCUUCCAAUCAAGUAACAAUUGAAUUAACUGCAAAGGAUAAGUCUAACUUGGAGAAGAUGUAUUCCUACAAAACAUAUGAUGAAAUUUCUUCUGCGAGUGACUUUCCUAAAAAAAGCAUCAUGCUGCAAUCACCAGGAAAAUCUUACAAUUCCUCAGAACUUGUUAUUUCAUCUAAAGAGCAGGAGACUCAGACUAUGUUAUAUGGCAAAUUGGUAGAAAGUAGGCAGAAAUAUGCCAGUAAAAUGGAUGUUCCUCCCGCUAUUCUGGCAACAAAUAAGAUACUGGUGGAUAUGGCCAAAAUAAGACCUACUACAGUUGAAAAUGUGAAAAGGAUCGAUGGUGUUUCCGAAGGCAAAGCUAUUAUGUUGGCCCCUCUCUUGGAAGUCAUCAAACAUUUCUGUCAAGUAAAUAGUAUUCAGACAGACCUCUUUUCAAGUUCAAAACCUCAAGAAGAACAGAAGAAAAGUCUGGAGGCAAAAAACACAGCAUGCCCACUUUCACAGUCUGAGGCCAUCACAUAUUCUUUAUUCCAAGAAAAAAAGAUGUCUAUGAAGAGUGUAGCUGAGAACAGGAUUCUGCCUCUCACAGAGGUUGGCAUGCAUUUGUUACAAGCGGUGAAAGCUGGCUACCCACUCGAUAUGGAGCGAGCAGGCUUGACUCCAGAGGUUCAGAAGAUUAUUACUGAUGUUAUCCGAAACCCUCCCAUCAACUCAGAAUUGAAUAAAAUUAAACUAAUUAGAAUGUUCGUUCCUGAAAACAUUGACACGUACCUCAUCUCUAUGGCAAUUGAGAUCCUGGAAAAAGAUUGUGACAACAGACUGUUAUGCCAGCCUUCAUGUGAUUCCAACAAAAAGAGAUGUUUCCCCAACUCUGAAGAGAGCUGUUCAAGUUCUAAGAGAAGCAAGGAAAAAGAUGAGAGUCACGGAAAUUCACGGAUGACUUCUUGGAAUCAGCUAUCCAGUGAUCCAGAAAUAGAAUAUUUAUCUACAGAUUCUCAUUUACAGACUUCAUCUGAAACCUCAAAAAGAAAUUUACCUGCGUGGUUUGCCAAAAGAAAUGAGAUCGUAGCUGAUACCAGCAAGAAAUCAAUGGUCAAAACAAAAAAGAAGGGUCUUUUUAGUUAGGCUGGCAGUUGCCAAAAGAAUUACGUUCAUCUUCCUGUAUUAUAAGAGGGAUGCUGUAUUUUCUUUCUGAAAAGAGUGAGGGGUAAUAUUUCAAUUUAAAAAUUAUUCUAAUCUCAAAGUACAAGUUAUCUCUAUAUUAAAUAGCUGGCAUCUUAAUACAGCCCUGUGCAAUUCACAUAAAGUUGAGUCUUUUGAGAACCUGAGUGAGUAUGUCAUAGAACAGAAUUUUGAAUUAGUUUUCUUUAAGAUUGCUUUAAGAAACUGUAACUGCCCUAUUUUCUAAUCUCUAUUUCAACAGUAUAUUUGGAAAAUGUAACAUAUGGUGAUAUGAUAUAGAUAACAGAUUAGUAGUUGUGUGGUGACUGUGUGUGAUAUAAAAUAUUCCAAUAUUAUAAAAAUUCUCUUGUAAAUGAAGAAAGCAUAGUUAUUGUAUACCUUGUAUUUACUAUGUUUAGAAGAAGCUGUUAUGCACAUUGUUAAAUGUUAGUGGACCAGACCAGUGAAAAUGAAACAUUUUGAGUUUCGUAUGAGCAGGGAAAGAAUAUAACAAAGGAGACCAUUUGCACCAGGCAAGUAUGCACUUAUUAUUUUACACACUAUUUGUUAUUUUUCAAAUAAUGGAAAAACAAUGUCCUUCAUACUGACUAUUAUGUAUAUUUUUAACUUUCAUUUACUUAAUUACCUUGAACACUUUUAUUUUUUUUAGGCUGUCAGAAUUUGAUUCUAAAAUCUCUUUGUAUAGCACAUAUAACUUAAAUAUCUAAAACCUGUACUCUGACACUGCAUUGAGUAAACCAUAGUUGAUAUAACUUUAAGCAGUUUACCAUAUAGCCUUUAAUUAACUUUUGUUUUGGUAAAUAAAAGUAACUUGUUUUAAAGAAGAAAUGCAUGUUUGUUGUGGUUUGCCAAAUGAAAUCUUAGCUGAUAUCAGCAAGAAAUCAAUGGCCAAAACAAAAAAGAAGACUUUUUAGUUAAGCUUGCAAUUGCCAGAAGAAUUACAUUUGUGUAGAAAAUCCAGAGAAGUGAAAAAAGAAAAUAAAAAUUGCCAGUAGUUCUACCAGUA